UGCCAAGAAAAGGAAACUUGCUCGAAUUUCUUUAAUCACACAUCCACGAACUCAAACGAUAUUCUCACUAUUGCUUCAUUCUCAACAUCACUUGGAUACAAAUCAACCUACAAGCCAAACCUGGCAUUCAUCAAAUCAAUCUUUCACUUCAACUCAUCAUCAUCAUCUUUCUCACUUUUCAUCAUUCUUAAAUCUCAUCUUCAUCAUGUACGGUCGAAAACAAUCCAUGGAUUCUCAAGCUAGACCAUUAGGAAAAGUCGAUUAUUCUCAAGCAGAUGAUGAUCCACAUGAUCAAGCUUUUAAUUCUUCUAAUCCUAAUUUACAGCAUGAAGUUUUUACCAAUGAAAAACAGAAGAAGAAGAAAAAAUCAAGUUGGCUCAAGUUUGGUAUGCCUUUAGCUGUCAUCGCUAUCAUUAUCGCUGCUGUUCUUGGUGGUGUACUGGGAUCCCAUCAUUCUAGUUCUUCUACUCAUUCAGCUGCUGCAGCAUCGGGUGCCGCAACUGGUGCUGGUGCUAAUGCUGGUAAAGAUGCAAGUCAAGUUCUCUUUACCGGUUAUAAUGCAUAUGGUGUACCUCAAUAUCCUUUAUCAGCUCAUACAGCCUAUAAUAGUGCUCCAUCACUUUCUUCAAAUGAAAACUUAGGAUGGGGUCAAGAUCCUAAUUCACCUGAUCCAUCAUCUCAAUCUAUACGUUCAGAUCGACCAAGAUUAUUUGCUUCAACUUAUAGAUGGAAUCGUUUACCAUCACUUAUCAAAAUCGAUCCUUAUCUAGCUGCUUGGAAUUCUACUAUCUUUUCAAACGCGACUGCAUUUUAUAAUUUACCUCCUACAAAUUAUUCAAUCGAUGGUGGUUAUUCUGGUUCUGGUGUACUUGAUGUUGGUCGUGAAGUACAAUUAAGACUUAAACAUUGGGCUUAUGCUUAUCGAAUGAGUAAUGAUACUAAAUGGGUGGAUCGUGCUUGGAGAGAAUUACAAACUGCUGCUGGAAAUACUACUCAACCCUUUGGUAGAGCUGGUAAUAAUUGGAAUACUGAUCAUUGGUUGGAUGUCGCCGAGUUCACCGUUGGUUUUUCAAUUGCGUAUGAUUGGAUGUACGAGGCCUGGACAGCUGAUCAAAGAACUGCAAUCAUGUGGUCUAUCAUCAAUCUGGGACUUCAGAAAGGUAUCGAGUCACACUCUACCAAUGCUUGGUUCUUGACUACCAACGGCAAUUGGAAUUGUGUCACCAAUGGUGGAAUGGUUAUCGGUUCGCUCGCUGUCAUGAACGAUGACCCUACUGGUACCGCUGCCAAACUGUUACCACUUGCUCUUCAGUCUGCCUCCACCAAUUGUGUCAAUGCUGUUUCUCCUGACGGGACUUGGAGUGAGACAUCCGAUUACUGGUACUUUGGAUCUCAAGGUCAUGCUCAGAUGGCUUCAGCUCUCUUGACCGCUACCGGUUCUACUCAGCAACUUCUCUCGGCUAAUCCGGCAUUCAAUCUCAGUGGGCUUUACCACAUGUAUGUCUACGGUAACACCUACAAAGCCAACACUGGUGACUGUGGACCAAAUAAGUUUACCGCAUCAGCCAAUCCCCUCUUGUUCUAUGGUGAUCAAUUUGGAGUUCCUCGUUAUACACUCUACCAGCGUGAUCGAGCCGACUCUCCAGACCCACUUAGUAUGUUCUGGUACAAUCCUCAAGUCACUGGAGGAUGGUAUGUGGGCCUACCCCUUGACCACAGUUUCAGUGACCCAAGUGAUGCAUGGGUAUCGAUGCGCUCCUCAUGGACAGAUACCACUGGGUUGUUUGUGUCUGCUAAAUCUGGAAACCUUACUGGGCAUCAGACCCAUGGUUUCUUAGACGCUGGAACUUUCACACUUGACGCGCUUGGUGAACGAUGGGCUGGUCAUUUAUGUCAGAACGAUUAUCUCGGAGACGGUUAUUUCUCAUCGGAAGGUGCAGCGAGUAAACGUUGGCUAUACUACAGGUGUCGUACUGAAGGUCAAAAUACGAUUCUGAUGAAUGGUAUGAACCAGAGUCCAGGUUCGGUCAGUACGGUUUCCAAGUUUGAAAGUACUGGGGAGUCUCAAGAUAAUAUCAAUUUCAACAUCAACUCGGGUCAAUCGACUGCUUAUUGGAUCACUGAUCUCAGUACUGCUUAUAAUGGGACAUCUGUUUUGAGAGGUGUAAGACUGUUGAAUGGAAGAACACAAGUCUUGAUACAAGAUGAGAUUACUGGUGCAACUGGCCCUUCUCAAUGGCGUAUGCACACCAACGCAACCACCACGUAUCCAACUGAUGGCAAAACAGCUCAUCUUGAUUUAAAUGGAAAGACCAUGAUAGCCACCAUUCAAUCACCUGCCGAUGCGAAAUUUACCACGGCACAACCUGUUCGACUUGCAACUUCUCCUCCAUUACCAUCUGGAUCACCUGAUUUACCUAAUCCUGGUGUUUCAGUCUUAACGAUUGAUAUUCCGACUGGAAGUGCAACUGUGAUCGUCUUAUUUACACCUCAAUGGUCCACUAAAGGAUAUCAAGCUAAUUCGAAUCCUAAUACUGUACCAUUGACAUCUUGGAGUUUAACUUCACAUUAAAGUUUUUUAUAUUUCCCUUUUAAUUUGAUUUAACCUACCUUUGGUUCUAGAGGUUUAUUCUUCUAGUAGUUCAGGAAAUGAUGUAUAUCUACACAUAAAUAUACAUAUAGAUCUAUAUAAUAUGUAUGUUUCUUUUUCUCUUUCUGCUUUUGUCAAGCAUCAAUAAAGUUUUCUCUAUUACUCUUCUCUCUUCUCUUUAACAAACAGAUCAACUUUUCUCUUUAUCAUCCUUUUCUUCUAAGUCUAUCUCAAUCAAAUUCUCACUCUUCAAAAAACAGUUUGUUUUUAUCUUUUACUCUUAUCUCGUCUUAACCUCCUCUAUCCAAAGCUUAUUCAAUUUCUCUCACUAUCUUCAUAGACAUAUCAAUCUUAUCUUUCUCUACCUUUUUUUAAAGUAUUGAUGUGUCCUUUUUUUGUAGGGUAGAUUUUAAAAGAAUUAGAACCAGUAUCUUUUUUUCUCUUAUCUCUUUACCUUUUAUUGAUUAUGAUUUAUUUUUUAAAGUGAAAUUGAAUUAGUCUUAUGGAUGCUUCUUCUUUUACAAAAUUCAUGUUUUUGAAAAGUUGAACCCCUUUUGAAAUGUCUUGCACAAUUACACCCUGGAAGUGACUUCUCAGCCUGAUCCAGAU